ACUGGGGUGUUUUACCCCUUCAUUUCUCCUUCUCCGAAAACAAAUCCCCAAAUUAAUUUUCUUCAAUUGGGGAUUUCUUUUUCCUCCACCACAAUGAGUAAAAACGACGACGUUUCCUUCACUUCAUCUUCUCUCAGAACCCCCCCUUUCCUUCACCACCAAACUAAACCCUCUCUCCCUCUCUUCUCUCAACUCGCCAAAACCAAACUCACCUUCGCCAGCUUCCUCGACUCACUCCUAACCCGCCCGUCAACUCGGACUCCCAACUCACCCCCCCUCUGCUCCGCCUCACUCUCCCUUUCUCACUCCUCCUGCUCAGACCCCAAACCCCUGCCGAUCCUUGGCUCCGCGUCGCUGUCGCUGAGUCAGUCCCAACUCGGUGAGUCGAAUCAACUCGACGAGUCGAAUCAACUCGACUCGGUGGUUACCGCCCAGCAGAAGAGUGGUGGGGCGAGUGGGGUUCAUGGGUCGGGUAGGAACGAUGAGGAGAGGGUGUUGAUCAGUGAAGUGCUGGUGAAGAAUAAAGAUGGGGAGGAACUGGAGAGGAAGGAUUUAGAAGGUGAGGCUUUAGCGGCGUUAAAAGCUUGCCGUGCUAACUCGGCUCUUACCGUUCGUGAAGUUCAAGAGGAUGUGCAUAGGAUUAUCAGUAGUGGAUAUUUUUCCUCCUGUAUGCCUGUUGCUGUUGACACUCGUGAUGGGAUUCAGUUGGUUUUUCAGGUAGAACCGAACCAGGAGUUUCAUGGUCUAGUAUGUGAAGGAGCUAGUGUUCUUCCGACAAAGUUUAUACAGGAUGCUUUUCGUGGCGGUUAUGGAAAAGUGGUAAAUAUUAAGCAUUUGGAUGAAGUAAUAAAUUCCAUCAAUGGCUGGUACAUGGAGCGUGGCCUUUUUGGCAUGGUUUCAAAUGCUGAGAUUCUCUCUGGGGGUAUUAUAAGGUUACAAGUUGCAGAGGCAGAGGUGAACGACAUUUCCAUAUGUUUUCUUGACCGAAAAACUGGUGAACCAACCAAAGGGAAGACAAAGCCUGAAACGAUACUUAGGCAACUUACAACCAAAAAGGGACAGGUCUACAGUAUGCUUCAAGGGAAAAGAGAUGUGGAUACUGUGUUAACUAUGGGAAUCAUGGAAGAUGUUAGCUUUAUUCCCCAACCUGCUGGAGAUACUGGCAAAGUUGAUUUGAUAAUGAAUGUUGUUGAACGUCCAAAUGGAGGUUUCUCCGCUGGCGGUGGGAUAUCAAGUGGGAUCACAAGUGGCCCUCUAUCAGGACUUAUUGGAAGCUUUGCAUAUUCCCAUAGAAAUGUUUUUGGACGAAACCGGAAACUUAAUAUUUCCCUUGAGAGAGGCCAAAUUGACUCGAUCUUUCGCGUAAACUACACAGACCCAUGGAUUGAAGGGGAUGACAAACGGACUUCUAGAACAAUUAUGGUUCAGAAUUCAAGAACCCCUGGGAAUCUUGUUCACAGUAACCAACCUGGCAAUAGUAGCCUGACCAUUGGCAGAGUUACAGCAGGUUUAGAAUUUAGCAGACCACUCAGGCCAAAGUGGAGUGGAACAGGCGGACUUAUAUUUCAGCAUGCUGGUGUUCGUGAUGAAAAUGGCAAUCCUAUUAUUAAGGACCAUUACAGCAGCCCGCUUACUGCAAGCGGCAAGACUCAUGAUGAUAUGUUGCUUGCCAAAUUUGAAAGUGUAUAUACAGGUUCUGGGGAUCAUGGCUCUUCAAUGUUUGUGUUUAACAUGGAACAAGGACUACCUCUUUGGCCCGAGUGGCUGUUUUUCAACAGAGUUAAUGCUCGUGCUAGAAAGGGUGCACAAAUUGGUCCUGCUUUGUGUCUUCUGAGUUUGUCUGGCGGUCAUGUGGUGGGUAAUUUUUCUCCUCAUGAAGCAUUUGCCAUUGGUGGAACAAACAGUGUGAGAGGAUAUGAAGAAGGGGCUGUGAGCUCUGGUAGAUCAUAUGUAAUUGGCUCUGGUGAAAUUUCUUUCCCUAUGUUGGGACCAGUGGAAGGAGUUAUUUUUGCUGACUAUGGAACAGAUCUCGGAUCUGGACCCACAGUGCCUGGAGAUCCCGCUGGGGCAAGGCUGAAACCUGGAAGUGGAUACGGGUAUGGCUUUGGCAUCCGUGUGGACUCAGCGUUGGGCCCUCUUCGUCUUGAAUACGCAUUUAAUGACAAGAACAUGAAGAGAUUUCAUUUUGGAGUAGGUCACCGAAAUUAGUGUUCUUCGCUUCAUAUCAUAUUUUGCAAUCAAUUCUAUUGCUUACUUAAAGAGGCCCUGUUUCGGUUUCUUUCAAAAUCGAUCUAAUAUCGUAUCAUCACUGGCUUUGAAACCCAGUGGCAUGCUGAGUUUGUAUACCCGGUAGCUUUUUUCAGUGAAGCAAGCUCGAGCCCUAGCGAUCCUAAUUUACUUCGGUACCAUGAAACAGAAGAGGACUACUUCUACUGUAUGGUCGUUGUAUGCACUAUUGUUUUGUCUGUGCAUUGAUUAUGGGUGGUCACCUUCAAAUCAAAUCGACAAUGGGGUGUAGUUUACAUUGAAUAGGAUCAUCUCCUCAUGCUUUCCUUUCACCGUCCAUUGUCUUUUGCAUUCAAUGUUUUGUCUUGGCGUGUGGCUCUUGUCCAAACCACAAGGAAAACUUGCCAUUUGUCAUGGAAGGAAAUCUUCGUUUGCCUGUGGUUGGGGCUGUUUAAUAUCAUAGAUAAGCCACCUAAAGUGGCUUAGUAAUUGUGUAUUCAAUAACCACAGUUUCCAUUGA